CACCAUCAUGCUAGGAAUAUUAUGUCCGCAGCCUCAGCCCCAUCACAGUACAUUUGAACUUACUUAGUCCAGCUUACUUACUAUUGCACGCGACGUACUGUAGAUAGUCUAGACGCAUACAGACAGCACAGCACCUCUAAUACGCGACGACUUUUCCUACCAUCACUAUGGCCGAGUCGCAUCCUGAGGGAGCCCCGCUUGAGGCACAGUUACCCGCAGAGUCAGAAUCGGAGGGCGAAGAAGAAACCCACGCAAGCGCGGAAGGAUCACAAGAUCCCGGCACAAGCACGGACGGAAAGGGCAAAAAGAAGAAGAAGAAGUCCAAGAAGGCAAAACUGGUAUCUGCUCUGAAAGGGGAGAAAUCAUCGACAUCCUCAGACGCCGCCGCGGAGUCCUCUUCAUCCAAAUCCAACCCAAAGUCAAGCGAUGAAGCAGUCAAGAAACUGCUAGAUAUGAACCCUUCACUGAAAGGUGAAUUGGCCGGGAUCCCUCCGGAAAAGGCGUCGGAGAUUCUUAAGAAGAUGGACGUGUCACAACUUCUGAGCGGACUCUCUCUCAACGGCAAGAACCAAAAAGACAUGGCAUCAUACAAGUUCUGGGGCACGCAGCCCGUGCCCAAGUUCGAUGAGAAACUCGAAGACAAACCCGACGGUCCGAUCAAAGACGUCACACCCGAAAUGGUGCCCAAGGAGGCCGCGCCUCUGCCAGAAGGGUACGAAUGGGUAGAACUGGAUAUGACCAACGAAGGCGAGAUCAAGGAAGUCUACAAGCUCCUCUCGCAGCACUACGUCGAGGACGACCACGCCAUGUUCCGCUUCAACUACUCGGCCGUGUUUCUCGACUGGGCACUCAAGUCGCCAGGCUGGAAGAAAAGCUGGCACAUCGGAGUGCGCGCCAAGGGGCCCAGUCGACUCCUGGUAGCCAGCAUCUUCGGCAUCCCGAUCAAACUACGCAUACGAGAACAUGUAGUGGACGUCGUCGAGAUCAACUUCAUGUGUGUGCACAAGAAGCUGCGGUCGCGUCGUCUGGCACCCGUGCUCAUUAAGGAAAUCACCCGCAGAUGCAACCUGGACGGUGUCUACCAAGCAAUCUACACCGCGGGCGUCGUCCUGCCUACACCCGUCGGAAGCUGUCGCUAUUACCACCGCAGUUUGGACUGGUUGAAGUUGUAUGAGGUUGGCUUCUCUCCGCUGCCGCCUAACAGCACACCAGCCAAGAUGGUUGCUCGCAAUCAACUGCCGCCCAACACCAGCACGCCCGGAUGGCGCGUCAUGCAGGACAAGGACGUCGAUGCCGUGCAUGAUCUGCUCUCGCGCUACUUGAAGAGAUUCGAUCUUGCCCAGGAGUUCACCAGGGACGAGGUCGAGCAUUGGUUCAUCAACAGACAGAAACCUGAAGACCAGGUCGUCUGGUCCUUUGUUGUGAAGAACGACGACGGCAAAAUCACCGACUUUACCAGCUUCUAUUGUCUCGAGAGCAGUGUCAUUGGUGAAAUGAGCAAGAAACACGACAAAAUCCGUGCCGCCUAUCUCUACUACUAUGCCACCGAACACGCUUUCAAUCCAAAGGAGAAGGGCUUGAAGGAGAGAUUGCUGCACUUGAUCCAGGACCUGCUCAUCGAAGCAAAGAAGGCCAAAUUCGAUGUCUUCAAUGCCCUGACUUUGCACGACAAUCCCCUGUUCCUGGAACAGUUGAAAUUCGGCGCCGGCGAUGGACACUUGCACCAUUACCUUUACAAUUGGAGAACGAAGCCUAUCAACGGAGGUAUCAACGCAAAGAAUUUGCCGGACGAAUCCAAGAGGGGAGGCAUAGGAAUCGUGCUCUUGUAGAUACUGUCCUAGUGUUUGAGCGACAAAAGCCAAAGCGUUUGAUUCAUCCCUAGGUAGUGUGGAAUGCAUGCCGGCUUGUUUCAAGACCAAGGCCCGACUCUCGCUACAGAACGGGCAGGAGACACGGUCACCAAGCGGCAGAAACAGUCAGCAAAACACAAUGCACAAUGCAAAAUGGCUGAAAAUGUAAUCGUGUUCCUUUAUUCAAAGAAACCCACUUGGUCGUCCAGUAAAAUGCCAAACUCUUCCCAGCCUUGUUUUUGUACUGUACAUGAACGUCGUUCUGUCAAGGGUAUAAACAAUUCCACCCAGCCAUCAAACAGUAGUGUAUUCGGAG